CCUAUCCACAGCAAAAUGGAGGACUUCUCCAGGGAACUGCAACUCCCAAGAAGCAAUGCGAGGGAAGGUGGCGGUUACUACUUUUUCCCCGUGGGCACCUCUCGGUCCAAUAUUGGAAAGAGGGUCCGAAAACCAUUGUUACGCCCAUUGGGUAACCCCGCCCCUGGGGAAAAGGGGUGGAAAGCGGAAGUGACGACACCCGGCGCUCUAUUAAAUAGCCGUAGACGGAACCUCGGCUUUCUCUCGGCCUUAGCGCCAUUUUUCUGGAAACCUCUGCGUCAUGAGAGCCAAGUGGAGGAAGAAGCGAAUGCGCAGGCUGAAGCGCAAAAGAAGAAAGAUGAGGCAGAGGUCCAAGUAAACCGCUAGCUUGUUGCAUCGUGGAGGCCACAGGAGCAGAAACAUGGAAUGCCAGGCGCUGGGGAUGCUGGUACAAGUUGUGGGACUGCAUGCUACUGUCUAGAGCUUGUUUCAAUGGAUCUAGAACUUCAUCGCCCUCUGAUCGCCGAUCACCUCUGAGACCCACCUUGCUCAUAAACAAAACUGCCCAUGUUGGCCCUCUGCCCUGGACUUGUGACAUUCUGGACUAUUUCUGUGUUUAUUUGUGGCCGAGUGUAACAACCCUAAAAUAAAUCACCUCUUCCGCUCUUUUAGCUGAAGAAUUAAAUC